UCAUUAAUCCAACUUACUUAAUGCGUAAGAUCCCUAUGUCAAAAAUUUUAAGUUUUUGCGUUUUUCUAACCCAGCUGUGGCCACUAGCCUAUGGAGAAUUUGUCAAACAAUCACCUGCAUCAAAAGAAAAGCCAUACGCUUCCAUCCUUUACACUGCUGUAGUUGGUGGAAAGGUGGCUCUGCCUUGCGACAUAUCUUCACCAGCUGCUGAUGAUGUCGCUGUUCUAAUUCUCUGGUACAGAGGAGAAUCAGCUCAACCCAUCUACACGCUUGACGCCCGCAAAGGAAAGGUCAACCAAGCUCGACAAUUGGUUAGCUCUAACUUGGAAAACCGAGCCUACUUCAACAUGAUUAACAGACCAGCGUUUUUGCAGUUAGAUCCUGUCAGAUUAGACGACGCAGGAGAAUACCGAUGUCGUGUUGACUUUCGCAAAGCUAGAACUAUCAACACUGUUAUAACUUUAAAAGUCAUUGUUCCACCAGGUGAUCCUUUAGUGUUUAAUAAAUAUGGAAGACAACUCAGUGGGAUUGUAGGGCCAUAUAACGAAGGAGAAACGAUCACUCUCUUAUGUAAAUCUAUUGGAGGUAAGCCUCGACCUUCUGUCACAUGGUGGAAAGAGAAGAUAUUACUCGAUGAUAGUUACACGUUUAAGCCUCACAACGUUGUCGAUAAUGAACUAACCAUCGACAGUGUGAAAAGAGAAGAUCUUCUCUCCGUCCUCACAUGCAUGGCUUCAAACAGUAACAUCACAGUUCCUGGCUCUGUGUCCAUUACUUUAGAUUUAAACUUAAAACCCGAAAGAGUGAAAAUUAAAUCCCCAAAGCGCCCUCUUUCAGCCGGUGAAAAUGUGAAACUUUUCUGUUCCUCAAGCGGUUCACGACCAGCGGCUCAUAUCACGUGGUGGAAGGGAAACCAACAACUUCAACAAACAGAAGUUACUGUAGACAAGUUCGAUCUUCAAAUGAGUAGUGUCACAUUCAUACCAGCUACUUCUGAUGAUGGGAAGUACCUGUCCUGUAGAGCUGUUAAUCCAAACAUACCAGGAAGUGCCAUAGAGGAUGGUUGGAGACUGGGAGUCUAUUAUAAACCUCAGGUGUCACUUGACCUUGGGACCAGUAUUUUAACAACAGACAUUAAAGAAGGUGAUGAUGUAUACUUUGAAUGUCACAUUCGAGCUAACCCUUGGGUGUCGCAGGUAUCCUGGCAUUUUGAAGGCAAAACUAUAACUUCAAAUAGCUCCUUGGGGAUUAUAAUCACCAACCAAACUCUCGUUUUACAGCGCUUACUACCAGAAUAUAAGGGACGAUUCUCCUGUUCUGCACGAAAUAUAGAAGGCCUAGGUGUCAGCAAUGAGAUCUUUCUGAAGGUUAAGUAUGCUCCUCGAUGUGACCCUUCUCAAAAAUCUACAUAUGGCAUUGCUGAAAACGAAGCAGUUGAAGUAAUGUGUCACUUAGACGCUAACCCAACGGAUAUUACAUUUCAAUGGCGCUUCAACACAUCGUUUAAGCUUUCAGAUCAGAUACAAUACACCAGCGAGCAGGCGGUCAGUAGGGUCACGUAUGUUCCCCGGACAAAGGAUGAUUACGGAAACCUCUCUUGCUGGGGUACGAACGACAUUGGUAUUCAGAAACAUCCUUGUGUCUUUACAGUAAUACCCGUAGGUCCACCAAGUCCGCCCCAAAACUGCUCUGUUGUCAAUCAGACUCAAGAACAAAUAGCCAUUGAGUGCCUUGAGAGUUACGACGGAGGAAUGAUGCAACAAUUCUCUCUCUAUGCUUAUAGUGUUGAAAGCAACAAACUUGAAGCUAACCUAACUUCUAAGUUCCCACGUUUCCUGCUGUGUGAUCUUCCUGUGGGAAAACUCUUAAGGCUAUUUGUUUAUGCAUUUAAUGCAAAAGGACAAAGUAACGCAGUAAUCAUUUCAGCCAGCACUCUUAAACCAGCUGAGAAGCUUACUGACAAAGGAACAGAAGACGAAUCAGUCGUUUUUCGACCCAUGUUACUUGCUCUUGUAACACUUGUGUCUGUUUUAAUCAUCGUGGCUGUUGUGGUGGUGGUUCUCAUGAAGUUCAGAAACAUACGCAGUACGAAAGGUGAGUCCACAGUCAUUGUGAAGAAAUGUCAAGGGUGGUCAGACGAGAAGAACGCUCCCUGA